CCUCCAGGCACUACCAUUCAAGAUGCACCCAGGUGUCCUGGCUGCCUUCCUCUUCUUGAGCUGGACCCACUGUUGGUCCCUGCCCAUUCCCAAUGACAGUGAUGGUGAUUUGUCUGAGGAAGACUUCCAGUUGGCAGAGAACUACCUGAAAUCAUACUACUACCCUAUGAAUCCUGCUGGAAUCCUGAAGAAAACGGCAGCAAGCUCCGUGGUUGACAGGCUUAAAGAAAUGCAGUCUUUUUUCGGCUUAGAGGUGACUGGCAAGCUUGAUGAUAACACCUUGGACAUCAUGAAAAAACCAAGAUGUGGGGUCCCUGAUGUGGGUGAAUACAAUGUUUUUCCUCGUACUCUCAAAUGGUCCCAAAUGAACUUAACCUACAGGAUUGUGAAUUAUACGCCUGAUUUGACUCAUUCUGAAGUUGAAAAGGCAUUCAAAAAAGCCUUCAAAGUUUGGUCUGAUGUGACACCUCUGAACUUUACCAGAAUUCACAAUGGUACUGCUGACAUCAUGAUCUCUUUUGGAACUAAAGAGCAUGGAGACUUCUACCCAUUUGAUGGACCAUCUGGUCUGUUGGCUCAUGCUUUUCCUCCCGGACCAAAUUAUGGAGGAGAUGCCCAUUUUGAUGAUGAUGAAACCUGGACAAGUAGUUCCAAAGGCUACAACUUGUUUCUUGUUGCUGCCCAUGAGUUUGGCCAUUCCUUAGGUCUUGACCACUCCAAGGACCCAGGAGCCCUCAUGUUUCCUGUCUAUACCUACACUGGCAAAAGCCACUUUAUGCUUCCUGAUGAUGAUGUACAAGGGAUCCAGUCUCUCUAUGGUCCAGGAGAUGAAGACCCCAACCCUAAACAUCCCAAAACACCAGACAAAUGUGAUCCUUCAUUAUCCCUGGAUGCCAUUACCAGUCUCCGAGGAGAAACCCUGAUCUUUAAAGACAGAUUCUUCUGGCGUCUGCAUCCUCAGCAGGUUGAUGCUGAGCUGUUCUUGACAAAAUCAUUUUGGCCAGAACUUCCCAACCGCAUCGAUGCUGCAUAUGAGCACCCCACCCGUGACCUUAUCUUCAUCUUUAGAGGCAGAAAAUUUUGGGCUCUUAAUGGUUAUGAUAUUCUGGAAGGUUAUCCUAAAAAAAUAUCUGAACUGGGAUUUUCAAAAGAGGUUAAAAGGAUAAGCGCAGCCGUUCACUUUGAGGCUACAGGGAAGACUCUCUUCUUCUCAGGAAACCAGGUCUGGAGCUAUGAUGAUACUAACCAGAUGAUGGAUAAAGACUACCCCAGACUAAUAGAAGAGAACUUCCCAGGAAUUGGUGAUAAAGUAGAUGCUGUCUACGAGAAAAAUGGUUAUAUCUAUUUUUUCAACGGUCCCAUACAGUUUGAAUACAGCAUCUGGAGUAACCGUAUUGUCCGCGUCAUGCCAACAAAUUCCCUAUUGUGGUGUUAAAUGCUUUUAAAAUAUUAUUUAAAUCCUAGAAAUCAUUUAGGAUAAUACUCCCAGACAUUUUUUGGGGGGUGGGGGGUUGCUAGGGAGGGAGAGAGAGAUAUCAGGGGAAAGCUUAGUUCUGUGAACAAGCUUCAGUAAGUUAUCUUUGAAUAUUUAGUAUCUACAACUAUGUGUGGCUGGAACCACAUUGAAUUUUAAAGUAAUGAAAUUCAUUAUCUCUAAGGAUCACUUAAUUCUUGUGUGCGAUACGAAAACUGUAGUUGCAAUAUUCCCCAAUCAAAAAUGGAAUAUGUGCUCUGUCAAAAAAAGCUCAAUAUAUUUAUAAGAAGACUUUGUAAAGACAUAAAAAUAAAUCACAUUUACAGCAUCAAUCAACCAUCUUUACUAAAUAGUAUAAAAUGGUAUGAAAAUAGAAUUCAGGGGAGCAUAUGACAGCCAUACACAAAGAUAAACCAAAGGGAAAUGUCUGUAAUAGAUAUCUUGCAGACAGCUUUCCAGAGAUAAUCUGAGUUUUGUACUAAAAAUAUUUGGAUGUACAUGCCCCUCUUCAUGCAUACAUUAAGGAAAUGUCAACAUUACCAAAGACAAGAGACAAACACUAAUGGUGAGGACAGUAGCUGUGAACUUUGGAUUCUGUUUAAUUUUCACUUUUGUUAGUGACUCAAGGACUACUCUCAAAGAAGGCAGAUAUUUCUUUUAACUCUUAAUAAAAUACUUCAACUCUUUCAAAGAUAUAAAAGU